UUCUGUGAUAAAGAUGACCAUUUUCUAAGUCAGUGUUUGACCUUUAAGUCCUUUGAUAAACAGCAAAUGAUUGACUGGAUACAAACCAAUCAUCGUUGCUGGCGAUGUGGACGUGCACACCAAGCAGCCCAGUGCACACUGAAGAAGCCUUGUAGCAUCUGCAAAGGGAAGCACUUGCAAAUCCUGCAUGAGGUCAACACCAGGUGUACCAGAGAGGGUUCCUGCCUGGUUAGUUCAACUACUGAAACACUGUACUUGGACAGACCCACUGACUGCAAACGUGUUCUGCUUAAGGUCAUCAGGGUUCUGUUGCGCUAUGGAGGCAAGACGCUUGACACUUAUGCUGUUAUGGAUGAUGGGUCUGAGCGCACAAUUCUUCUUCCUGAUGCUGCUCGUGUACUUGGUAUACAAGGUCAAGCUGAAAAUAUAGCCUUGCGGACCGUCCGCCAAGAUGUGCAGACCAUCAGUGGUACUUCAGUUGACUUCCACAUAUCUCCUGCAACUCAACCUCAGAAGACAUUCAAGAUCAAUGCAGCAUUCACUGCCAAACACCUUGGUCUGGCCGAUCACUCUUAUCCAGUGAGUUUGCUAGAGAAAUACAGGCACCUGAAAGAUCUCCCACUGCAGGCCUUUGAAAGAGUGAGUCCUUCACUUCUCAUCGGUGCUGAUAAUACCCACCUAAUCACACCUAUCGCACCUGUCCGAAUUGGUCCUCUUGGUGGUCCAGCCGCCAUAAAGACGAAGCUUGGAUGGACACUGCAGGGACCAGCCAAAAUCCUGGAGACCCAAUUGCAGCCACAACAGUGCCUUUUCCUGUCUCUCACCCCAACUGAACUAGAACUCAAAGGAGAUGUUAAAAGGUUAUGGCAACUUGAUAUUUUGCCUUUCCGCUGUGAAAAGCAGGUGACAAGGUCCAGGGAGGAUCAGGAGGCCAUUAAUCUCUUAGAGAGCAGGACAACUCGCGUAGAGGUGAAUGGAAUCUUCCGCUAUGCUACACCCUUGCUGCGCAGAAAGAAUUCACCCCUCCUUUGUGCCCCCAAAGAAGCUGUGAUGCCUAGUCUUCGGAGCAUGGAACGACGACUGGCCCAAGAUCAAGAGAAAGCAGCAGUGUACAAUGCGGAGAUUGAGAAGUUAGUACUGAAUGGCGCCGUUACCAAACUCUCAUCGAGUGGAAGCAAUGCGACAGAAGAGACCUGGUAUAUCCCACACCAUUUAGUCAGCCACAAUGACAAGGACCGCAUUGUGUUCAAUUGCUCCUUCCAAUAUAAGGGACUGAAUCUUAAUGAUUCCUUGAUGCCUGGUCCAGCCCUGAGCCCCUCUCUUCUGGGUGUUCUACUUCGUUUCAGGGAGCAUUGUGUGGCGAUUAGCGGCGAUAUACGUGGAAUGUUCCACCAAGUCCUCCUCCUACCUGAGGACAGGCCCCUCCUGCGCUUUCUGUGGCGUGACAUGAGACGAGAUGACCCACCUGACAUCUAUGAAUGGCAAGUACUGCCGUUCGGAACCACAUGCAGUCCCUGCUGUGCCUCCUUCGCCCUCCAAAGGCACGUCUUGUCGCAUAGCACAGCAGAUGAAGAUGUGAGGCAUUCUGUUGAGAGAUGCUUCUAUGUGGAUAAUUGUCUGCAGAGCUUACCAUCUGCUCAAGAAGCAAGACAGUUACUAGACAAAAUUCGUAAGUUGCUGGCAACAGGAGGAUUCGAUAUCCGCCAGUGGGCCAGCAAUGUGCAAGAGGUUGUCAGUCACUUACCCCCAGAAGCCAGAUCUCCUAAGCUAGAGCUGUGGCUUUCACAUGAUAAAGUGGACCCACGUGAAUCCACCCUGGGACUGAAUUGGCACUGUGAGUCAGACUGUCUAGGAUUCCGGCACAGACCUGUUACUUACCAUGCUCUGACGAUGCGGAACAUAUAUCGUGUCUUAGCAAGUCAAUAUGACCCCCUUGGUGUUAUUCUUCCAUACACUACACGUGCCAAGGUGAUUGUUCAACAACUCUGGACUAAGGAUAGGAACUGGGAUGAUCCACAACUUCCUGAGGGUCUUCAGUGGGCAUGGAAGGUGUGGGAAACUGAGCUUCAGUACUUACCUCAAGUAGUCCUCCCUAGGUGCUACACUCCAUCCAGCAUGGACAAACCGAAAGUCACACGUGAGAUCCAUAUCUUCACAGAUGCCUCGGAGAAAGCUUACGGGGCAGUUGCUUACCUUCGUUCAGAGGAUCCUAGUGGGAGGAUACACCUUUCCUUCCUCCUGGCCCGAUCACGUGUAGCCCCACGUAAGCAGUGCUCAAUUCCUAGACUUGAGCUAUGCGCUGCUCUCAUAGGAGCGCAGUUGGCCAAACUGGCUGAGAAUGAGCUCACCUUGAACAUCCAGAAAGUCAUUCUCUGGACAGAUUCAACAACUGUCCUACACUGGCUGCAUUCUGAAUCCUGCCGCUUUAAGGUGUUUGUGGGAACGAGGGUGGCAGAGAUUCAAGAAUUAACUGAUCUCAAAUCAUGGCAUUAUGUUGACUCUGCCAGGAACCCUGCGGAUGAUCUUACCCGUGGUAAGAGCCUGAAGGACCUCACUGUACCCAAUCGGUGGAUACAAGGACCAGAAUUCCUCAUUCAACCUCAGAGUAAUUGGCCAUCACCACCAGUAAUGCACAGCUCAGAGCCUGAGGAUGCCACAGAAUUAAAGCGUAGUGCCUUUUGUGGCAUGAUUAACUCAGCACCGCUAAUAGCAGAUGACCGCAAGUUCAGUAGCUGGAAAGACUUGGUUGAAGCAGUAGCACAGGAGCUUCAGGGGGCGGCAGAGCAGAGGGGCUCCACUCUAGCAAGUGCUUACAAAAAAGCUGAGCUGUCUGUACUAAGACAGAUCCAGAUGGACAGUUUCCCUGAUGACUACCAGCUGUUGAAGAAUGGUAAGCCCGUUCGUUCUAGCAGCCGGUUACUUUGUCUCUCCCCAGAAUUCGAUGAAGCCAGUGAAUUAAUACGUGUUGGAGGACGAUUAAGACGUGCGGAAGGACUCGACCCAAGCACAGUACAUCCUAUUGUAUUGGAUCCCAGUCACCCUAACACUCGGUUGCUCAUAAGAGAUUACGAUGCUCACCUUUGCCAUCCAGGACCAGAGCGAGUGUUCGCUGAGCUUCGUCGAAAGGUAUGGAUAUUGAAAGGGAGAGAGGCUGUGAGGAAGCACCAGCGAUUGUGUCCUGAAUGCUGCAAAUGGAGGUCGAAGCCAGCCUCUCAGAAAAUGGUUGAUCUCCCUCCACCUCGGCUUCGAUUGUUCAAGCCUGCAUUCCAUUCAGCUGGAAUGGACUGCUUUGGACCUUUCUUGGUCAAAGCGGGACGUCGUACAGAGAAAAGAUGGGGACUUCUAUUUAAGUGUCUGACCACUCGGGCCGUGCACCUUGAGGUUCUGACAUCCAUGGACAGUGAUGCCUUUCUCAUGGCACUUCGCCGUUUCAUAGGUCGCCGUGGGAAACCAGCAGAGCUAUACUCAGACCAAGGCACCAACUUCCGAGGAGGUAACACAGAGCUGAAAGAAGCCUUCCGUCAGCUCAGUGGCGAUCUACAACAGCAAAUGGCUAAGCAGCAGAUUAGCUUUCAUUUCAAUCCUCCAGCUGCUCCACACUUCGGAGGAGUGUGGGAAAGAGAGAUUCGCUCUAUCAAAGUUGCACUUUACACAACCUUGGGAUCAGACACAGUAACUGAAGAAGUGCUUCGAACUGUCCUCAUAGAAAUAGAGGCCAUCCUGAACUCUAAACCUCUUGGGUAUGUUUCAGCGGAUAUUGCUGAUUUAGAUCCCAUCACCCCAAACUGCCUUCUGAUGGGGCGGCCAGAUGGUUCCCUGCCACAAGUUAUAUACCCAGUAUCUGAGCUCCUGGGAAGACGUCGGUGGAGGCAUUCACAAGUAUUGUCUGACAGAUUCUGGACAGCCUUCAUAAAGAACUACUUACCUGAACUUCAGGCCAGGACAAAAUGGCAGACUCCAUCAGCAGACAUCCAACCUGGCAUGGUUGUAAUGCUCGUUGACCCCCAGUUACCACGUUCGUUCUGGCAGAUUGGAAGAGUAGUAAAUGUAUUCCCUGGGGCUGAUGAUCGAGUACGAACAGCUGAGAUACAGAUAAAGGACAGAGUCUAUACAAGACCCAUCGCUCGUUUGAUUGUUCUGCCAGAGAUCCAAGAUGAAGAAGAUCACAUCCAAACUAGAGACUAAUGGUAACCCAUAUAGUGUCCGCCUUUCAGUGGAGCAAAUUUGGGACCAAAUUUGGGGGCGGCUGUGUUAGAAAGGCCGAGUUCUGUGCGCAUGCGCUGAUUCCAUCAGUCGUCAUUGAAGAGAGAGUGACUCAGCAGAAGGUGCGAGGGCGCUGUGUGUAUGCAACGUGUGCGUUGAUAAACAAAUACCACACCCAAAUUUACACACCCAAAAGCCUGUAAAUCCUGUGUACUGCUGUGUUGUGUACCACCCAAAUUGUCAACAUUAAACCCCUUUUCAUGGAACUGAUCUGAUUCAGUGUGUUCUAACCGACACCCCAUUGAGGAAAGCUAGAAACAGACCAUCACCUAAUACAGUCCGACCUUUUUAAAGCUGCUAUUGAACAAGAAUCAAUCGAAAUAGCCAAACAGGCUUGGAGCAUUUUUGGUGCAGGCUGUAAGAAAGCAUCUGUCAUCUUUAACCUCCAAACCAAAGAUGCCUACAAGUUUCUGGAGGUCAGUCCUUCCUCUCUCUCUAAGGAGGAGUGGGAAAAAGAGUACAAUAGUGUAAAGGAACGACUGGAGAAUAUCGACCCACCACAAAGUGUGACAUCCUCUGAUACACCUGCCAUUUGUCAAUGAUCAGAACGCUGACCUGCACAAGUACAUCGUCCUAUUUGAUUUCUGUCUCAUGAUGCUGGUAACCUGCUGAUGAUGUUUAGCCAUUUACAUACUGUACUUGUAAACUGCAGAGUUCUGUAUUUUCUUCUACUUAACUUCUAAAACACUGUUCACAUAUACUCUUCUCCUUAUGUAUAAUCUCUUUAUGAGCUUUUGUAAAAAAGACUCUUAUUGAAUGGAUAUGAAUGGAUAAAAAUGGAUGAA